CGUGGCAAAGGCCGCUCUGGCCAGAUCCACGCCAAGAUCAACACCCAGAUCGAAUCAACACCAGGCCCGGAGUGAGCGUCAGGUCCCCAGGCGAGCAAGCACACCAAUGAACCAGCAGCAAGAACAAGUGCAUGAAACCCUGGACGACAUGCUCGUCCGCCACAGGCUGGAGGCCAAGGCUCUGACCGCACAGGUCAUGGCGCUCAAGAAAACGGUCUCGAAGGGCGCCUCUGACAAGAAAAAGAAAAAGGAAGUCAUGGAUCAGAUCGCCCAAAUGGAGGCCGAGCUCAGCAAGCGGCACGACGAGGAGCGAGCUCGCAAAGAAGCUGAAGAGACUGGCGAGGCCAAAGCAACCAGCGAGUCUGACGAUCCGUUGUCCACAGAGGCCGAUUCGAAGGCGGAACCCACUGAAGCCGAGGCAGUCGUUCAAGAGGCCGACGGCCAAAUCCAGGAGCUGGACGCUCAGGUCCAGAAGCUGGGUCUCGGCGAUGCCAAGGCCACCACAGAACCAAGCCAAGCUCCGUCUGGGCCAAAGAAAAAUCGACAGAAACUCAGGAAGGAGAAGAAGGCGGCGGCCAUGAACGAGAUGCGGAAACAGGCCGAGCUGGAGGCCUCCCAGGUGGUCAACAUGCGUGAAGUCGAAGACAGUGCGAUCGGCGCCCUGCUGAAGCCAAUGAAUCUUCGGAUCAAAGAGAUCAUUCCGGAUGGCCAUUGCCUAUACAAUGCCAUUGCCCAUCAGCUGAAUCUGUCCCAGUCCGACGAGGAUAUGACCUACAAGGAUGUGCGGGGGAUCGCAGCAAGCUACAUGCGCACCAACAUCGACGACUUUCUGCCUUUCCUGACUUCGGACAGCGGCGAUAUGAUGUCCCCAGACGAGUAUGAGAGUUACUGCUCCAGUGUCGAGCGCACUGCGGCCUGGGGCGGCCAGCUGGAGAUCCGUGCAAUCUCGAGCUCGCUUCGACGAGAAAUCGAUGUCGUCCAGAUGGGCUCACCUGUGAUAAAGAUCGGCGAGGAGUACCGCGACAGCUCUCCGCUCAAGAUCUCCUAUCACCGUCACUCGUACGGCCUGGGCGAGCACUACAACUCCCUGGUUGCUCUGUGAUGCGCAUGGGUCAAAACAGAGGCAAGACUGAAGCCAAUGGCGAAAGUAAGAACAUGCGCCGCAACCGCAACCGCAACCGCAAUACAGUCUGUAUUGGCUCUCCUACACUUUAUUCAGAAAAUACCGGGACACCGCACUGUAAACGGCCAUCAGACAGCAUUCUCCCGUCCUCCUGGCUCGGUGUAUCUGGACUGCUCCAUGUCCAGAAAAUGCCCCCACGAUAUGCACUUUAUCUCUGCUGUGUCCAUGUCGGUCCCACACCACAGCAGUCGUCGUCGGGAGAGAGCGGUUGGUGUGUGUGUGUGUGUGUGCGGGAUGCAUUCACUAUCAAUUUUUUCCGGCUCCCUCGCGGCUGCUCAUCUCGAAUAUGAAUACACGCUGUAGACCAAGGUGCAUCAAAA